AUGAACUCGGGCAGCAACGCGACGACGUCGCGCGAGCUGCUCAAGAUGACGACCGACGACUACCUCGAGCGGACGCAGGCCACGCUGCUCCUCGAGGAGGCCAUCACGCACCUCGUCGAGAACCGACCCGAGGAACCGCUGGUCUUUCUCACCAAGCACUUCAAGAUGCUGAGCGGCGACUUCAGCGCCGUCGAGACGAGCGCGCAUUAUGUGCUGGCGUCGACGCGGCUGUCGAACCCCGCGUUCGACGACAACAUGGUGCUGGCGUACCAGGCGCUACUGGGGAAGGACCACGAGCACGUCUCCAUGAGCAACUUCCAGCGUGUGCUCGAGCUCGUCAACCAGGAGCUCCCGUCGGCACACGCAUCGCGCCUCAACACGCACCUCAUCAACACGUCGGCGCUGCCCAAGACGCCCGGUGUCGGCUACGUCAAGUUCAAGGAGGCUAUGGAGCUCUGUAUCUACUACGACGCGCUCCUCGCCCAAGCCGAAGACCUCUUCCUCUCGAUCGACACGGGCUCCACGGGCGAGGUCAAGUGCUCGGCGCUCCUCGGCGCGAUCGAGGCGGCGCAGGCGACGCGCAAGACGAGCGUCACCAUUCUCCUCAAGGUGCGCGACUCGUUCGACAGCACCAAGGACGCGUCCGCGGCCGUGACCCUUCCCGCCUUCCUCGACCGUGUCCAAGACAUUGUCUUCAACGCAUGA